CAUCCAUCCAUACUACUUAUGCUCCUCUGCCCUCGAUAGCUAUCCAUGUACUUCUCCACCGCCGCCGCCCUCCUCUUCGGGCUCGUCGCCCGCAUCAUCAUAGACAAAUUCUACAUACGUGCCUAUGAUCCCUUCGGCGGCGCCGACGAUCCCGCAAGCAUCGCCGACAUCCUCCUCCUCGGCCUCACCCAGGGUGUUGGCCUCUACUAUGCCCUCAUGGAGUUCCCCGAGGUCGCGAUCGCCGUCGGCUUCGCCAUAGCCGGAUACCUUACAUACGACUUCAUGGACACCCAGGACGUGUCCAAGCUCACCACCACCCUCCUCGGUGUCGCGUGCGGCGUGAUCGUCACCGACGUCCUCUCCCAGCUAAUCGAUGACACAUACCUCGUCGAGUACAACAACGACCGCACCAGCGAGGUUGGCACCGCAGACGGCCCCGCCCCGACCCGCCGCCGCCGCCUCGUCAAGUUCGUGUCUGACCAAACCGAAAUUGAGAGCAUCCCACCCAGCCGGCCGUCUCGCCGCACGCGUGCCCGCGCGCUCUCAGACACGACGACACGUUGGCAGACAGAUGUGACCGCGCCAACGGACAUAACCGCGCUAUCCAUGGCCUCUUCGGACUCGCUCGACUACACGACGUCUAUGAGCCCGCAGGAGCGCGAGAUCGCGACGCUGCGCGCACGCGCCGCACUCGCGGAUAGUGAGCGCAGGCGGUUCAAGGAGGAGAAGAAGUGGGCGGUGUCGCAAGGGAACUCUGCGCGGGCCGCGCAGAUGAGCUGGCAGGUGAAGCGAUAUACGGCGCUCAUGCAGAGCUUCACGCGAGAGGCAGACGCACGCUUGAUAGAAUCACAACCACAGCAGGCACCACAGCAGGCACCACAGCAGGCACCACAUCAGGAGCAGCCAAGACCAGUCCCUCCGCCCCAACCACCACGGCCAGUCACCUUCCCUACGGAAAAAGCGCGUCUGGCCCGACGCGCGGAGAAACAACCCGAGCGGUCAACCACCGAAAAUCUCGGAACUCGGACCACUAGCGUCACAGUUGACAUGCCACGAGGUUACAGUCGCCAUCGCCGAACCAGCACCGGCACGCUCAAAUCCGCUAUCCGCAUACGAUAGUGGGACGACAUUCAGACUUUGACGAUUUCAUUACUGACCCAUGCGCGUAAACGCUUGCUCACUUACCGAGGUUCUUACUGAACUAACCCUGAGCCCACAGGUACUUACCCUGAUAUAUUCCUUGAGCAAUGAUAUCCAGCAUCUGGCUAUAUAACUGUAUCUUUAUCUUAGCAUUGUCACGAACUUCAUCGGGUCUGCGAUCGCACGUUCAAUAAAUUUAUGGGACCACGAGAUAGAGUACAACAGUUGAUAUACCGCAGUGCAAUUACGACAGCUAUGAGUUAGGCAGUUGGAUGAAAUGUUC